CCGGACUAAUGGGGGUGGUUGGGUAUCAUGGGAGUCAGGCUUGGGGGGCUGGACAUGGGGAGCUGGGCCUGGCCUUCGACUCCUGGGACCUGGAUUUCUACACUGAGCUCUUCAAGAAAUUCGGGCACAACCCGACCAGCGUGGAGUGCUUCGACCUGGCCCAGUCCAACAGGGCACCUCCUGGCAGAUGUGGAAGAGGUCCUGGGAUCACUGUUCGAGUCCAUCAUGCAGACCCAGGAAAGCAGCAGCCCCAACGUCGUCAUGUUCUCGGACAACAGCAGAGGUGGCCCUGUUCAGCGGUGCGAAGACUGGGGCGGGCGGAUCCAGGACGUGCAGCGCACGGGGCCCAUGCCAUCGCCGGCACGGCCGGGUGCAGCUUCGGAAACCUGCACAUCCCUGAUCCCCGCCAUGGCGGUGCUGCAUUUCUACCAGCGCCCCGGGGCGGAGGGUGUCCCUGUCUCCCUGCUGCGCUCGGCCCAGGCGGUGCUGGGGGGCAUCCGCGCCCUGCACAGGGAGCUGUGCUACAACGUCAGCUGGACAGGUGCGUCGCCCCCCAGCCCCCAGGAGACCCAGCUGCUGCGCUGGCUCUUCGGCUGCCCCUUUGAAUCCGGAGACGUUGCCACAGAGUCCUUCCUGCGCCCAGCGCCCACCGACCUGCUGGUGGAGAUCGGGCCCCGGCUGAACUUCUCCACGGCGUUCUCCACCAACGUGGUGUCCGUGUGCCGGGCUGCAGGGCUGGGCUGUGUUGACCGUGUCGAGUGCUCCCGCCGGUACCUGCUGCAGUGUGCCCGACACCCCACACCCCCUGAGGAGGCCGCCCUGGUGGCGGUGCUCAGUGACCGGAUGACGGAGCAGCGCUACGAGGAGCCAAUCCGCAGCUUCGCCGUGGCCACCCACCGUGCCCCCACCUGGCAUGUGGAUGUGCUGGGGGGGGGCCGCACCGAGCUGGAGCGAGCCAACCAGGAGCUGGGCCUGGCCUUCGACUCCUGGGACCUGGAUUUCUACACUGAGCUCUUCAAGAAAUUCGGGCGCAACCCGACCAGCGUGGAGUGCUUCGACCUGGCCCAGUCCAACAGCGAGCACAGCCGACACUGGUUCUUCAAAGGGCGCCUCCUGGUGGACGGGAAGGAGGUCUCGGAGUCGCUGUUCGAGUCCAUCGUGCGGACCCAGGAGAAGAGCAACCCCAACAACGUCAUCAAGUUCUCGGACAACAGCAGUGCCAUCCAGGGCAGGGCCGUGUGUUCCCUGUGGCCCCGCGACCCGUCCCGCCCCAGCCGCUUCGAAAAGAGAACGUCGACCCGGCAUGUCAUCUUCACUGCAGAGACCCACAACUUCCCCACGGGGGUGGCCCCAUACAGCGGCGCUGCAACGGGAACAGGGGGGCGGAUCCGGGACGUGCAGUGCACGGGGCGUGGGGCCCACGUCAUCGCCGGCACGGCGGGGUACAGCUUCGGAAACCUGCACAUCCCUGGCUACCCUCUGCCCUGGGAGGACCCGGCAUUGCCCUACCCCAGAAACUACGCCCAGCCCCUGCAGGUGGCCCUCAGGGCCAGCGAUGGCGCCUCUGACUACGGCAAUAAGUUUGGGGAACCUGUCCUGGCUGGGUUCGCCCGUUCCUUCGGCCAGCAGCUCCCCAAUGGGCAGCGGCGCGAAUGGAUCAAGCCCAUCAUGUUCAGCGGGGGGAUCGGCGCCAUGGAGGACAUUCACGUGCACAAGGAGCCCCCCGAGCCUGGAAUGCUGGUGGUGAAAGUGGGGGGCCCCGUGUACCGGAUCGGAGUCGGCGGGAGCUCAGCCUCCUCCAUCCAGGCCUGGCCUUCGACUCCUGGGACCUGGAUUUCUACACUGAGCUCUUCAAGAAAUUCGGGCACAACCCGACCAGCGUGGAGUGCUUCGACCUGGCCCAGUCCAACAGGGCACCUCCUGGCAGAUGUGGAAGAGGUCCUGGGAUCACUGUUCGAGUCCAUCAUGCAGACCCAGGAGAGCAGCAGCCCCAACGUCGUCAUGUUCUCGGACAACAGCAGAGGUGGCCCUGUUCAGCGGUGCGAAGACUGGGGCGGGCGGAUCCAGGACGUGCAGCGCACGGGGCCCAUGCCAUCGCCGGCACGGCCGGGUGCAGCUUCGGAAACCUGCACAUCCCUGAUCCCCGCCAUGGCGGUGCUGCAUUUCUACCAGCGCCCCGGGGCGGAGGGUGUCCCUGUCUCCCUGCUGCGCUCGGCCCAGGCGGUGCUGGGGGGCAUCCGCGCCCUGCACAGGGAGCUGUGCUACAACGUCAGCUGGACAGGUGCGUCGCCCCCCAGCCCCCAGGAGACCCAGCUGCUGCGCUGGCUCUUCGGCUGCCCCUUUGAAUCCGGAGACGUUGCCACAGAGUCCUUCCUGUGCCCAGCGCCCACCGACCUGCUGGUGGAGAUUGGGCCCCGGCUGAACUUCUCCACGGCGUUCUCCACCAACGUGGUGUCCGUGUGCCGGGCCGCGGGGCUGGGCUGUGUUGACCGUGUCGAGUGCUCCCGCCGGUACCUGCUGCAGUGUGCCCGACGCCCCACACCCCCUGAGGAGGCCGCCCUGGUGGCGGUGCUCAGUGACCGGAUGACGGAGCAGCGCUACAAGGAGCCAAUCCGCAGCUUCGCCGUGGCCACCCACCCUGCCCCCACCUGGCAUGUGGAUGUGCUGGGGGGGGGCCGCACCGAGCUGGAGCGAGCCAACCAGGAGCUGGGCCUGGCCUUCGACUCCUGGGACCUGGAUUUCUACACUGAGGUCUUCAAGAAAUUCGGGCGCAACCCGACCAGCGUGGAAUGCUUCGACCUGGCCCAGUCCAACAGCGAGCACAGCCGACACUGGUUCUUCAAAGGGCGCCUCCUGGUGGACGGGAAGGAGGUCUCGGAGUCGCUGUUCGAGUCCAUCAUGCGGACCCAGGAGAAGAGCAACCCCAACAACGUCAUCAAGUUCUCGGACAACAGCAGUGCCAUCCAGGGCAGGGCCGUGUGUUCCCUGUGGCCCCGCGACCCGUCCCGCCCCAGCCGCUUCGAGAAGAGAACAUCGACCCGGCAUGUCAUCUUCACUGCAGAGACCCACAACUUCCCCACGGGGGUGGCCCCAUUCAGCGGCGCCGCAACGGGAACAGGUGGGCGGAUCCGGGACGUGCAGUGCACGGGGCGUGGGGCCCACGUCAUCGCCGGCACGGCGGGGUACAGCUUCGGAAACCUGCACAUCCCUGGCUACCCUCUGCCCUGGGAGGACCCGGCAUUACCUUACCCCAGAAACUACGCCCAGCCCCUGCAGGUGGCCCUCAGGGCCAGCGAUGGCGCCUCUGACUACGGCAAUAAGUUCGGGGAACCUGUCCUGGCUGGGUUCGCCCGUUCCUUCGGCCAGCAGCUACCCAAUGGGCAGCGGCGCGAAUGGAUCAAGCCCAUCAUGUUCAGCGGGGGGAUCGGCGCCAUGGAGGACAUUCACGUGCACAAGGAGCCCCCCGAGCCUGGGAUGCAGGUGGUGAAAGUGGGGGGUCCCGUGUACCGGAUCGGAGUCGGGGGGAGUUCAGCCUCCUCCAUCCAGGUGCAGGGUGACAACGCCAGCGACCUGGAUUUCGGGGCGGUGCAGCGGGGGGACCCCGAGAUGGAGCAGAAGAUGAACCGGGUGCUGCGGGGCUGCGUGGAGACAGGGAAGGCCAACCCCAUCUGCAGCCUCCACGACCAGGGGGCUGGGGGCAAUGGGAACGUGCUGAAGGAGCUGAGUGACCCAGCCGGGGCUGUGAUCUAUGCCAGCCGCUUCCAGCUGGGUGACCCCACGCUGAGCGUGCUGGAGAUCUGGGGGGCCGAGUACCAGGAGUCCAACGCCCUCCUGCUGCGCCCCACCGAUGCCGCGCUGCUGCAACGCCUAGGCCAGCGCGAACGCUGCCCCGUGGACGUCGUGGGCACCAUCACCGGGGACGGACGGAUUGUGCUGGUGGACGACCUGGAGGCCCCAGUGACGGACGUGGCCCCAGCGAAGCCCAGUGGGAAGAAGACGCCGGUCGACCUGCAGCUGGAGUGGGUGCUGGGCAAGAUGCCACAAAAGGAAUUUGUCUUGUCCCACAACAGCCCAGCCCUCCACCGCCUGUGCCUGCCCCCUGGGCUGAGUGUGGGGGACGCCCUGGAGCGGGUCCUGCGGCUGCCGGCCGUGGCCAGCAAACGCUACCUGACCAACAAGGUGGACCGGUCGGUGACGGGGCUGGUGGCCCAGCAGCAGUGCGUGGGUCCCCUGCACACACCCCUGGCCGAUGUGGCCGUGGUGGCUCUGUCCCCCUUCGAGACGGUGGGGGCAGCCACGGCCCUCGGGGAGCAGCCACUCAAGGGACUGAUCGACCCGGGCGCGGGGGCCCGGCUGGCCGUGGGUGAGGCGCUCACCAACCUGGUCUUUGCCCGCGUCACCGACCUGCGGGACGUGAAGUGCAGCGGGAACUGGAUGUGGGCGGCCAAGCAGGCGGGCGAGGGCGCGGCGCUGGUGGACGCCUGUAGGGCCAUGUGCGCCGUCAUGGGCCAGCUGGGGGUGGCCGUGGACGGGGGCAAGGACUCGCUCAGCAUGGCGGCCCGCGUGGGCACGGACAUCGUCAUGGCGCCCGGGACAUUGGUCGUCUCAGCCUACGCCGUGUGUCCGGACAUCAGGGCCACCGUCACACCUGACCUCAAGUGCCCCGAUGGCAAAGGGGCCCUACUGUACGUGGAGCUGUGCCCCGAGCGGCACCGGCUGGGGGGCAGUGCCCUGGCGCAGUGCUACUCCCAGCUGGGGGAUAGCUGCCCAGACCUGGAGAACCCGGACAGCCUGGCAGCCUGCUUCCGCGUCACCCAGCAAUUGCUGCAAGAGUCGGUGGUGAGCGCGGGGCAUGACGUGAGUGACGGGGGGCUGGUGACCUGCCUGCUGGAGAUGGCCUUCGCCGGGAACUGUGGGCUGCAGGCCGAGCUGGUGGCACCGGGGCUUAGCGCCCUGGGGGUGCUGUUUGCCGAGGAGCUGGGCCUGGUGCUGGAGGUGCCCAGCGCUGUGGCAGGAGACGUCUGCAGACGGUACGAGGAGGCUGGAGUGCGGUGCCUGCCCAUCGGGCAGACGGGACCCCUGGGCCCCCAGUCCAUGGUGCGGCUGCGGGUGAACGGGCAGGAGGAGCUGGCGCGGCCCGUGGGUGACCUGCGCGCCCUCUGGGAGGCCACGAGUUUCCAGCUGGAGCGGCUGCAAGCGUCACCCCAAUGCGUGGAGCAGGAGGAGAGGGGGCUGGCGCAGCGCCAGGGCCCCAGCUUCACCCUGACCUUCGACCCCAAGAUUGAGCCCCCGCUGCUGGGCCAGAUGGCCCGGCCGGGCCCGCGCGUGGCCAUCCUGCGCGAGGAGGGCAGCAACGGGGACCGCGAGAUGGUGGCAGCCUUCGUCAUGGCGGGGUUCCAGGCCUGGGACGUGACCAUGCAGGACCUGUACGCAGGGGAGGUGACUCUGGAGUCGUUCCGGGGCCUGGUCUUUGUGGGGGGCUUCAGCUACGCGGACGUCCUAGGGUCUGCCAAAGGCUGGGCAGCUUCGGUGACCUUCAACCCCCGGGCGCGGGCCCAGUUUGAGGCCUUUCACCGGCGCAGGGACACGUUCAGCCUGGGUGUCUGCAACGGCUGCCAGCUGAUGGCGCUGCUGGGCUGGGUGGGGGGCGGGAGCCCCACGAGCGACCCCCCGGGUGGGGCCGUCCGUCCCGGGGUGCUGCUGGCCCCCAACGAUUCGGGCCGGUUCGAGUCGCGUUUCGUGGCGCUGGCCGUCGAGCAGAGCCCGGCGGUGAUGCUGCAGGGCAUGGCUGGCUCCACCCUGGGAAUCUGGGUGGCGCACGGAGAAGGUCGGAUGCGGUUCCGCUCACCCGAGGUGCUGGCUGCAGUGACGUCGGGGGGCUUGGCCCCGCUGCGCUACGUGGAUGACCAGGGCCAGCCCACCCAGGAGUACCCCCUGAACCCCAACGGCUCCCCGCUGGGCAUCGCCGGGCUCUGCUCGCCCGACGGGCGCCAUUUGGCCAUGAUGCCCCACCCCGAGCGCUGCGUCCUGCCCUGGCAGUGGGCCUGGAUGCCGCCCGACUGGCGCCGCACCAUGGAGGUCUCGCCCUGGCUGCGCAUGUUCCAGAACGCCUGCGAGUGGUGCCUGGAGCACCCCGAGGGGGAGUUCUGACUGCGGAGCCCAGUCGCCAGCCGGUCUCGUAUCCCAAGGUUUGUCCCCGGGCCGGGACCGGCACAAAACCGCCCUGGUUUUAUCCGGUGUGGGACUGGGGAGGCGGGGCUAUUUCAGGAGCACAUGGCCCCGCCCCCUCCGCCGUGACCUCCUAUGCACCGUGCAUAUGAGGUCAUGCUGGUGGGGGCUGGACGGUGCGCUCUUAAAAAUGCCCCCUCCUGCAGUGUGACCGUCUGUGCACCGGGCAUGUGGGGUGAGGUCAUGCUGGAGGGGGCGGGGUUUGUGUGAGAGAGGUUGAAUGGGGGCGGGGUCACAUGGGAGGAGGCGGGUCCACACUGUUCCCUGAAGGUCCUUAGUCCCGAUCCCUACAGGGCCAGCCACCCCCAGCCUGGAGACCUGUCAGCAGUUCCCCUUCCUGGCCACUGGGGACAGACUUGAAGAGGAACAAAAGCAGGGGUGUGAGGGGUUCAGUGGGGGAAUUGAGCUGGGGGGCUGGGGGCCAGGACAGGUCCAGGAGGAGCAGGGCAGGAGGAGGUUGGUGGGGUUUAGAGGGGAUUGGCUGUCUGAGCAGCCCCUGCUUGCUGGUUAAUGGGUCUGGGGGGCUGGAGCCCAGAGGAGAGGGUGGGCCUGCGCUCCCACCAGACCCGGGGAACAGGGUGUGGAACCCCCUCGAAGGGGCCACGGAUGUUUGAAAGGCCUGGGGGAGACGGGGGGUGAGGAAUAGAGUGACUCAGAGGGGACGGCUGAUGGGGCAGAGUUGCAGGGGGCAGUGGAGGACAGCUAAUGCCAUUGCUGUAGAUCGGGGCUUCUCAAACUGGGGGUCGUGAGGUCAUUACGUGGGUGGCUGCGAGCUCUCAACCUCCACCCCAACCCCGCUUGCCUCCAGUGUUAGUAUUGGUGUUAAAUAUGUUAAAAACUGUUUAAUGUUUUGGGGGGGCACGCCGAGGCUUGCUGUGUGAACAGGGUCGCCAGUAAAGCCAUCUGAGCCCCA